CUGCGGCCACAGGCGCAGCCCCGGCGGCAGGUACGGGGCCGGCGCUGCGCCCCGCUGCCCCCCCGGCGGGCUGCACUCGGGCUGUCGGCUGUCGUUAUUUUUUUUUCCCGGUGGAGCUGAUGAGCUGCGGGUCGUGCCCGCCCGUCCUCCCGUUACCUCGGGGCGGGAGGCUCUGAAGAGCCGGGGGUGCGGCGGCGGCGGCGGCUCCGCUCCCCGUGCUGCGGGGGCACCUUCCCCGCGGGGUCGGCCAGCGCUGCCCGCCCCGCGUCCCCUCCGGGGCCGCUCGGUGCCGCCCGCAGCGCCGGGCCCGGCGGCGUUUGCGGGCCCCGGCGGCCAGCACCGCGCCGCAAAUGAAGUGCGAGAACUGCACCAAAAAGGAAUGCAGUAAAAAACAGAAAAAUGAUGAUACACAAAGUGCAUCUGUUGAUGCACUGAGUGCAAAUGAUGGCUCUGAAGAGAAAAAUGAGUUUGAUACAUUGGCUAAUGCUAAAAUACUCCUUAGCGACUGCCUAGCUUGUGACAGUUGCAUGACAUUGGAAGAAGGAGCCAGAGUUUUCCAACAGAAUCAGAAGGAGUUCUUUCGUGUUCUCAACCUUAAUAAGAAAUGUGAUACCUCAAAACACAAAGUGUUGGCAGUGUCUCUAUGCCCUCAGUCAUUGCCUUAUUUUGCUGCUAAAUUCAAUCUCUCUGUGAAUGAAGCAGCCAAAAGACUCUGUGGUUUCCUCAAAAGUCUUGGGGUGCAUUAUGUGUUUGACACCACUAUAGCUGCAGAUUUCAGUAUCCUGGAGAGCCAGAGGGAAUUUGUGCAGCGCUACCAACGGAGGAACCAGGAGGAACAUGCCUUACCAAUGUUUGCCUCUGCUUGCCCUGGCUGGAUCCGUUAUGCUGAAAGGGUACUCACCAACCUGGUGACCUCUCACAUCUGCACUGCAAAGUCUCCUCAGCAGAUCAUGGGCUCCCUAGUGAAGGGCUACUUUGCCAGGCAGCAGAAUUUGUCUCCUGAUAAAAUUUUCCAUGUUGUCUUGGCACCUUGUUAUGACAAAAAGCUGGAAGCCUUGAGGGAAGAUUUCUACAAUGCCUUGUAUAAUUCAGCAGAAGUUGAUUGUGUCCUGACAUCAGGUGAAAUUGUCCAGAUAAUGGAACAGAAAAAUGUGUCAAUGAAAGAUGUGACUGAAGUAGCUGUAGAUAGUUUGUUUGAUGACUUGAAGGAGGGAGAUGUAGUGAGGCACGAUGGGAAGAGGUCUGAUGGUUACCUGGAGCACAUUUUUAAACAUGCUGCAAAGGAGCUUUUUGGCGUGGAUGUCAAGGAGAUCACCUACAAAGCACUAAAGAACAAGGACUUUCAAGAAGUUACCCUUGAAAAGGAUGGGGAGACAGUGCUGCGUUUUGCAGCAGCUUAUGGCUUCAGAAAUAUCCAAAACAUGGUCCUGAAGUUGAAAAAAGGAAAGUUUUUCUACCAUUUUGUAGAAGUCCUUGCCUGCCCAGGAGGGUGCCUCAAUGGAAAGGGCCAAGCCCAGACUGAGGAUGGCAAACCAGACAGAGCCCUGCUUGCCCAGAUGGAAGAGGUGUACACUGCCAUUCCUGUCAGGCUGCCAGAAGCCAACCUGCACGUGCAGAGGAUGUACCAGGACUGGCUGGAGGGCACGGACUCCAGGAAGGUCCAGGACACUCUGCACACCACCUACAGUGCAGUGAGCCAAAGCACCAGCAGCUUGGACAUCAAAUGGUAACACUGCAGAGCUGUGCUGGGCUGCAGCACUGGAGCCCUCUGUGCAGGGAGGCUCUGCCAGCUGGCUUCUUUUGGGAAGAAACAUUGCUUUGCAAAACCAGACAAGUCUCCAAAAGCCCUGGUUCCUGCCACUGUCAUUUAACUUCUACUGUUUGUCAUAUCCUGCAUUUCUUCAUUCUAAAGCCUGAUCUUGCAAGGUCCAUAAGCCCUUUCUGCCAGGGACAGGAAUUCCUGAUCCAGUUACUCCCUGAAGUGAAGGUUCACUGCACGAAAGGGGCUCCUCCAAGAGGGUGAGGUGAUUUUACUUCUAGGUCUGCAGUCCCUGUCAACACAGGAA